AUGGCAGAGGCCUCGAAGCAAAAGAAGUAUGCCCUGAUUGGCACCGGCGGUCGUUCUUCAUUCUUCUACUCCGCAAUCGCAACGACCUACAAAGCGACUUCAGUAAUAGUAGCGCUAUGCGACACAAACCAAACACGUCUUGAUUACGCAAAUGCACAACUGCAAUCACUCGGCCACGCUUCUAUACCAACCUACAAGGCCAAGGACUUCGAUCGAAUGAUCGAGGAAACAAAACCAGAUGAAGUGAUUGUAACUACCAUCGACCGCACACACAACAUCUACAUCGUACGCGCUCUGGAACUAGGAUGUAACGUCGUCACUGAAAAGCCCAUGACCAUCGAUGCGCCGCGUUGUAAGGAAAUCUUCGACGCGGUCGAGCGAACAGGCCGCAAAGUCCGCGUGACGUUCAACUACCGCUACGCACCCCACAACACCAAAGUAUGGGAGCUCCUUCGAUCUGGUGCCAUAGGCGAAGUGACGAGUAUACACUUCGAGUGGAUGCUCAACACAUCGCACGGCGCAGACUACUUCCGGCGCUGGCACCGCGAUAAGCGGAACAACGGCGGAUUGCUCGUGCACAAAUCGACGCACCAUUUCGACCUCGUCAAUUUCUGGCUAAACUCACGGCCAGCGACGGUGUAUGCGCAGGGCGAUUUGAAGUUCUAUGGACGCGAGAAUGCGGAGAAGCGUGGUGUGACUGAGUUCUACGCGCGGGCGCAUGGAAGUGAAGUCGCGAAGCAGGACCCGUUCGCUUUGCAUCUGGAGGACAAUGACAAACUCAAGAAAAUGUAUCUUGACGCUGAGCAUGAAGAUGCGUACUAUCGCGACCAGUCAGUCUUUGGCGACGGCAUCAGCAUCGAGGAUACCAUGAAUUUGCUGGUGCGGUACGAAAAUGGCGCUGUGCUUACUUACAGUCUGACCGCGUAUGCGCCGUGGGAAGGCUUCCGCGUAUCGUUCAACGGAACUGAUGGACGACUUGAAGUUGAAGUCGUGGAGAAUAGCUAUGUGAACAGUGGCGGUGCCCAAUCUUUGGAAGGAUCACUUGAGAGCCGCACCAUCACUCUGCGGAGGCUUUUCGAGAAGCCGGUUGACAUCGAGAUACCUGAUAGCGUUGGUGCGCAUGGUGGAGGUGACGAAGUACUGUUAGCAGAUUUGUUUGGGGAGCGUGGUGCGGAGAUCGACCAGGACAUGCGAGCUGCCAGUCAUAUUGACGGGGCUUUAUCGAUACUGACAGGUAUCUGCGCGAACAAGUCGAUAGCCACUGGGCAGGUAGUGAAGGUGAGUGAUGUGUUUGUAGUGUAG